AUGUCUCUCCUCCCCCCAGACGUGCAUGCCGAGCUCACGCAGCUUUUGCAGGCGCUUCAGGCCUCCGAUAACAGCAUCCGAUCUCAGGCUGAAGAUCACCUCCAAAACAGCUGGACGAAUUCACGCCCAGAGGUCCUCUUAGUCGGCCUCGUGGAACAGAUACAGGGCGGUACAGAUAAUGCGCUUCGUUCGUUUGCGGCCGUCAUAUUUAGACGCAUAGCCUCGAAAACUCGAAAAGCCGAAUCUGGAAACAACGUAGAUUUGUUCUAUUCGCUAGCGAAAGAUCAAGCCGUUGUCAUUCGACAGAAACUCCUAGAGACCUUGGGCUCCGAAGCAGAUCGAGCGGUCCGCAACAAAAUAAGUGACGCUGUUGCUGAAGUCGCGCGGCAGUAUACAGACAACACUUCCUUCGUCUUCGAUACUAAUACCCUGAGCUGGAUAGAUGACUCUUGGCCCGAACUUCUAGGAGCACUCUUCCAACUAAGCCAGGCUCUGGAAGCCGAAAGGCGAGAGAACGCAUACAGAAUCUUCGCCACCACGCCAGGUAUUAUUGAAAAGCAGCACGAAGAAGCGGUUCUGCAAGCCUUCCAAAGAGGCUUCAAAGAUGACGCUGUCCAGGUUCGAUUGGCAGCUAUGGAUGCCUUUGCAUCCUUCUUCAGGACGAUCAGCAAGAAAGGGCAAUCUAAAUACUAUGCCCUCAUUCCCGAUGUGCUCAACAUUCUCCCACCCAUCAAGGAUUCUCAAGAUUCGGACGACUUAAGCAAAGCCCUGGUCGCACUCAUCGAUCUGGCCGAGACGGCACCGAAGAUGUUCAAGCUUCUGUUUCACAACCUCGUUCAGUUCAGUAUUUCUGUUGUCCAAGACAAAGAGUUGGACACAAUUUGCCGUCAGAACGCAUUGGAAUUAAUGGCUACAUUUGCUGACUACGCUCCAUCUAUGUGUCGAAAAGAUGCGUCUUAUACUACGGAUAUGAUUACUCAAUGCUUGAGCUUGAUGACUGAUCUCGGCGAGGACGAUGAUGAUGCCGCUGAAUGGCUGUCAUCUGAUGAUCUCGAAGCAGACGAGAGCGACCAGAAUCAUGUAGCUGGAGAACAAACCAUGGACCGCCUUGCUAAUAAACUAGGAGGGCAGACAAUUCUUGCUCCUACAUUCAACUGGCUCCCCAGAAUGAUGACUUCCAUGGCAUGGAGGGACCGACACGCUGCUCUCAUGGCUAUCUCUGCAAUUUCAGAAGGUUGCCGAGACCUGAUGAUGGGAGAACUUGGUCAAGUUCUUGAUUUAGUGAUCCCUGCUCUUCAAGAUCCGCACCCUCGUGUGCGAUGGGCUGGCUGCAAUGCGCUGGGACAAAUGAGUACUGACUUUGCCCCCAAAAUGCAAACCGAUUUCUACGAUCGGAUCUUGAAGGCAAUCAUUCCUGUCUUAAACUCACCAGAGGCCCGAGUAAAAUCCCAUGCCGCAGCUGCUCUGGUCAACUUUUGUGAAGAAGCAGAGAAGUCAAUUCUGGAACCUUACUUGGAUGAGCUUCUAUCACACUUAUUUCAAUUACUCCAAAGCGAGAAGCGCUUUGUUCAGGAGCAAGCCUUAUCCACCAUCGCAACCAUUGCUGAUGCGGCCGAAGCGGCAUUCGCAAAGUAUUACGAUACUCUGAUGCCUCUUCUUGUAAAUGUGCUCCAAAAUCAGAAUGAGAAGGAGUACAGACUUCUGCGAGCCAAAGCUAUGGAAUGUGCAACUCUAAUUGCCCUUGCUGUCGGCAAAGAGAGGCUUGGUCAGGAUGCCAUGACUCUUGUGAAUCUGUUGGCACACAUUCAAACAAACAUCACAGAUGCAGACGACCCCCAGGCCCAGUACUUAAUGCACUGCUGGGGUCGUAUGUGCCGUGUUCUUGGCACAGACUUUAUUCCUUUCCUAGAGAACGUUAUGCCGCCGCUUCUCGAACUCGCCAUGGCUAAACCGGACAUACAACUACUAGAUGACGAUGAGCAAGCCGAGCAGAUGCAAGGAGAGGAAGGCUGGGAGUUUGUGCCGCUCAAGGGGAAAAUGAUCGGUAUCCGUACUAGCACUAUGGAUGACAAGAACAUGGCUAUUGAACUCUUGGUUGUCUACGCUCAAGUGCUUGAGGGUGCCUUUGCCCCCUUUGUUGCAAACAUCAUGGAGAAGAUUGCGCUGCCAGGCCUUUCCUUCUUCUUCCACGACCCCGUUCGCUAUAUCUCAGCUAAGCUGGUACCGCAGCUGCUCAGCUCCUAUAAGAAGGCUUACGGUAGCCCCUCAAGCGAGCUGACCGGCCUUUGGAAUGCCACUGUGGACAGACUACUAGAGGUGCUUACUGCUGAGCCAGCCAUCGACACACUCGCAGAAAUGUACCAGUGUUUUUACGAGUCUGUCCAAGUCCUGGGUAAAGAGUGCCUUACGAUAGAUCACAUGAAUCGCUUUAUCGACUCCGCUAUUUCAGCACUGGAGGACUAUAAAGACCGGGUGGCAGAGCGUGCCGAUGCCAAGGAAGGCGCCACUGCUGACGACGUAGAGGACGAAGCAGAAGAGACUCUUAUCGCCAUUGAAGAUGACCAAACGCUUCUGUCUGAUAUGAACAAAGCGUUCCAUUCCAUCUUUAAAAACCACGGUGUUGCGUUUUUGCCAGCAUGGGAACGUCUGAUGCCCACUUAUGAAGGAUUCCUCGCAUCACCGGAUCCCACACAGCGCCAAUGGGGUCUUUGCAUCAUGGACGAUGUUUUGGAGUAUUGUGGCCCACAAAGCAUUCGAUACGCGACAUACAUUCAGCAGCCCCUCAUUGACGGCUGCAGAGAUGCCUCUGCAGCAAUUCGCCAGGCAGCUGCGUACGGUAUAGGCGUCGCAGCACAUAGGGGCGGCGCCGCGUGGUCACCAUUCUUAGGCGGAUCUGUGCCGUUUCUCUUCCAAGUAACGCAAGUUCCUGAAGCUCGGAAUGAAGAUAACGUGUAUGCGACAGAGAAUGCUUGCGCUGCCAUUGCUAAGAUUCUUCACUACAACUCCACCAGUCUGGAAGACGUUCCAACUACCAUUAACCAGUGGAUCGACACGUUGCCAGUCAUAAACGACGAAGAAGCAGCACCUUAUGCGUAUGCAUACCUGGCAGAGCUGAUUGAUCGCCAAUACCCAUCUGUAAUGAACCAAGCUGGCAAAGUAUUCGUUUUCAUCGCCCAGGCCCUGGAAGCGGAGACGCUUCAAGGACAAACGGCCAGUCGUGUGGCGGCUGCAACAAAAGCUCUUCUAACGGCUGCAAACGUAGACCCAAUGCCAUUGCUUCAGCAGUUCUCUCCAGAAUCACAACGAACAAUCAUGGAUACCUACUUGCAAUGUACUCAGAAGACGACUACGAACACUGCGGCUUUCACAUCGCGGAAUCAGAUGGCAGAGGACGCUCUAAUCAAUACAUCGCUCCCACCGCCGUCUCUGCCGCAACUGGUCGCGGAGCAGAAGACACCUAUCCCGGUCACUGAUAAAGAUACCCAGCGAUUGAUUGUCGUCCUGUCAAAUGCUAGCCUCGAGACGUACAAGGCCGUUCAAGGUGGUGUCACCCGUGCGGGUAUCCACCGAGAGGAGAAAUACUCGCUUCUCAACAGCGAUGAGCAUAUAGGCGUCAUGCGGAAGAUGAACCGUGACAUUAGCGAUGCACGACCGGACAUCGCGCAUCAGUGUCUACUGACCCUCCUGGACUCACCAAUCAACAAGGCCGGCAGACUCCAGAUUUACAUCCAUACAGCCAAAGGCGUGCUGAUCGAGGUAUCCCCCUCUGUCCGCAUUCCCCGGACUUUCAAGCGAUUCGCAGGCCUCAUGGUGCAGCUUUUGCAUCGUCUCUCCAUUCGCUCCACAACUUCAAACGAGAAGCUUCUACGUGUGAUUCAGAAUCCAAUUACAGAUCACUUACCACCAAAUUGCCGGAAAGUAACUCUUAGUUUUGAUGCGGAAGUAGUUCGCGUGCGUGAGUACAUGGAGGCUUUGAACCCCAAAGAGAGCAUUUGCGUGUUCGUUGGAGCCAUGGCAAAAGGAGCCGAUACUUUUGCCGACUCAAUAGUUGAUGAGAAGAUUUCCAUCAGCAAUUUUUCGCUAUCAGCAAGUGUAGCAUGCAGCAAGUUCUGCCAUGCGGCUGAGGAUGCGUGGGAUAUCCUAUGA